AUGCCAAAGGCACCCGAUUAUUCAGAAGCGAGUGACUCUUCAGCGCUUGCCUUGGCAACAGGAAGAUUUCUGGGACCACUGCACAGAGCAUGGAGAAUGAUGAACUUCCGACAGCGGAUGGGAUGGAUCGGAGUGGGACUGUAUCUGUUAGCAAGUGCAGCAGCAUUUUACUAUGUUUUUGAAAGCAAUGAGACUCACAACAGGCUGGCUUUGGAACACAUUCAACAGCACCCCGAGGAGCCUCAGGAAGGAACCACAUGGACACACUCCUUGAAAGCUCGGUUGCUCUCCUUGCCUUUCUGGUUGUGGACAAUUAUUGUUCUUAUUCCUUAUUUACAGAUGUUGUUGUUCCUUUACUCUUGCACAAGAGCUGACCCCAAGACGGUGGGCUACUGUAUCAUCCCCAUAUGUUUGGCAGUUAUUUGCAAUCGCCACCAGGCAUUUGUCAAGGCUUCCAAUCACAUCAACAGACUACAACUGAUUGAUACAUAA